AAACAUGUCCACCUACAACUUUUGUGUAGAAUAAACUACAUCUCUUCCUUAAACAUUAACUAACUUUAAUGUCACUGUUGGUGAAGGAAAAGUACCUCUAUUACGGCAUGACUCCUCGCUUACUUUUAACGGGAAUUAAUUAACGUUGUCUGCUGGCGCGGCACUCCACCAGAGUUUCCUGACAGGAGCAAAGAUGGUGACUGAAAUGCUCAGUUUACCUUGUGAUAGACUUCUGUCACACCGACAGCUAGCAUGUUGUCACACUUAUUGUGGUAUACCACUGGAGGGCAAGAACAUGUUAAUUUACAGUAACAUGGAUAAAGAUAACAAGCCCCUGCUGCUAACAGGCCACCAUGGUGAGAUCAGUGCCAUGACCUUUGGGAAACUAAGUGGACCUGUUCUCCUUUGUUCUGCCUCUCCUGACUAUAUCAUUGUCUGGGAUAUUGAACUGUGCCACAGGAGAACACAGGAGGGUAAAGUUGCUGCUGGAACAGUUAUUGGGACUUUACUGGGAGAAGUCGUCCAUCUUUCAUUCUGUUUCUCUGAUGAACGAGUGGCUGCAUGCUCGGGAUCAACUUUGUAUAUUCUCAGCUCAAAGAGACAUGAAGUGAUUUUUACCUUUACCAACCACCUGGGACCGUUGACGUCAGCAGAGUUCUGUCCCUGGAAUAAAAACAUUCUUGUCACAACUUCAGAGGAUCGCACUUUUAAGGUGUUGGAUUUAAAAACUGAAGCUGUUUGCUACCAGUCUUUUGUGCUUUCAGGCUCUCCCCUACUCAGUGUUUUCUUCUUGGAGGAGAACAGGCACCUUAUCACAGGCUCAACUGAUGGACAGCUGUGGUGCUUUUCUAUCACCGAUGACCACAAGUGUCACCUGGUGUCCAAAAUGGACCUUCAGAAGAUGGAAAAAAGACAUCUACAGCACCAAGGCACUGUCAGCGACCCAGCAGGGUUCACAGAACAGUUAGCUGAAGAUAAAGUGGAUACUUCAAAACCUGUUCUCAAAAUGGCUACAUGCAGCUCAUUAAUUGAUACCAAUAAUGAGCAUAAAAAGGACAACAGCUGGUUAUGUAUUGGAAGCUCCGACGGCCUGUAUGUGGUGGAGCUGGCUACCUCAGAACUCCUAACAGCAUUUUAUUUCAAGGAUUACCCCAUCUUGAGCAUCUCAAUGGCUGGGUCGUGGUCAAUCUCUCCAGGCUGGAAUGACUCUAUGGUGUUUUUAGUGAGCUCUAUGUUCACUCCAUGUGUGGCCCUGUUGGAGUUACGUCUGUGUGUCCUAAGGAGCACCUUGGCUUGUGGUGAACGCUUUUCGGUGUUCCCGAGCUCUCCUCCAGUGCUUGAAUCUCCUCUGAGUGCCGAGUUUAAGAGGAAGGAGCCCGAGCAUCCUAAAAAGAAAGGAGGAGUAAAGGAACAGCCUCUGGUUUUCCAUUCUAAGGUGAAGUCGUCUGGAUACACCAGUGCCCCAAGAAGUGCUAUGUUUUCACCUAAAACAAAUAUCCAGAAGAAUCCCUCCUCUAAAAAGGCUCACAAAAAUACAGGUUUACUCCUCAGAGAUUACCCAGCAGACAGUGCAGCACCCACUAUUCCACAUACUCAUCUAAGCAUUGCCAACAAGCCAAUCCACUGCCUUCAGUAUUCAGGUGACGGCAAACAAAUCCUGUGUGGUCUUGGCGACAGCUCCGUGUUAUUGUACAAGUCCUCCCUUACUGGCAACCCAACUGUCUACACAGGGCAUGACAAGCCAGUGGGCAGUGUGAGCUGGAGCCUCAACAGACAGUGGUGGCUGAGUGCGUCAGAAGACCAGUCCCUACGAAUCUGGACCCAUGGCAGCCCAGAGCCUGCCAUUAUCAUGGGCAACAGUAUGUUCUCCAAACCCAUUAGGAGUGCUCAGUUUUAUUACCUCGACAAAUUUCUGCUUCUGGCAUCUGGACCCUCUCUAUACCUGUACCUUUAUAAUGUGGACAUCACACGGGACGACAUCAAAAGGUAUCAGCAACGGAGUGUCGUCAAAUUGGCUAAAUGCAUAACGUCAACAUCAGCGACAGACAUCACUGCCCUGUCUGCUAUCAAUGAUUUCUUCUCUUACAUUGUUCUAGCUUGUGGUUCUGAUCGAUCCAUCCAGGUAUUUGACAUGAACAAGGGUUGUGUUGCCGCAGCGAUCCCUGAUGCUCACAGCAGAUCCAUCCACUGCAUUACACAGAACAAGGGCUCUAUGUUCAGCACACAAGCUCCAGAUUCAUACAACCUCUUCCUCACCAGUGCAGUCACGGACGGUGUGAAGAUGUGGGACCUCCGUUCACUGAGGUGUGUACGGCGUUACGAGAACCAUCUCAAUCGCUGCCAUCCGUGCUCUGCAGCCAUCUCACCAUGCGGCCGCUUCAUUGCCUCAGGCUCUGAGGAUAACUGUGCCUACGUGUAUGACAUCCGCAGCAGCAGCUACCUCCACAAACUUCAGAAACACUCAGACACGGUGCUCAGUGUAGCUUUCAACCCUGCCACCCCACAGCUGCUAACUGGGACCAUGGACGGAAAGCUGAGAUUGUUUCAGUCCAGCAGUGCGGCCCGUCUGUCUCGUGACACCAGUGCUGUGCAUAGCGUCCCUCACUAGACUGGGUAGUCCAUGCAGGUUUCAUUAAAGCAGUUCCAGCCCCCUUGCUUGGAUUUGAGUGGGAAUGGAAGAAAUAUGGGUUUGUUUUUAGUUUUCAGUUGAAUUGAGAUUGAAAAUAGAAACAAUAGGUUUUUCUUUUUCUAGUUGUAUUUUCCUGUUGUGUUCUUUCACUUCUGUGCUCGAAAAUUGGAGCCACCCAUUUUAGCUCAUCUUGGUAAAAUCCAGUAUGUACAUAACUACACUGCUUUUCUUUCUAUUACUGAGAUUCAAAUAGAUAUCAAUGUGUUUAUCUGAAUUGUUACAAGAUAUAAUGUGCUCUCAAUUACAGAAAAAAACUAAACUCUAUUUGACUAAAACCUUUAGCUUUAGAAACUAUUUCCCAUCCGUCUCUUCACAUUCAGAAUAGUCAAGUAUCAGGUUGUUUAAGUUCAGUAUGUGCAACAGAUUUCCUUCUAUAUAACUGGAUGAGCGCACUACUUAGCAGACCAGCACACAGAGCUAUGACAUCAACUGGGUGCAACCUCUUUGGCUGCCAAACACACAGAUGCUACUACUGUUCAUACUGACACACCCCCGUCCGUAUUGUUUGAGCUUUACAUUUACUCUCCACAGUUGCAAAACAAAAUGUCGGCUCGGCUACAAAUGACAUUUACUAUUCAAAUUUUCUAGAGCAAAAUAAAUUGAAUAUCUUUUGGGAAUCUUUU